GCUCUCUUCAUGUUUUCCAAUGUAAAUGGUGUGGCCAUGGGAUUAUCUGUGUAAUAAGACUUUAAAAAGAGCUGCAUUUAUAGAGCCUUGUGUGUGCAAAUGGUAAAGGAAGUAUCUGUUACUACAUUUAGCCCAGAUUAGUUUUAUUCCCUUGCUAAUUAAACCAUAUCUAACAUGGACAUUGUAGGCCUUCUGGAAAAAGGACUUGCCUUGUUUAUGAUUUUUGAAAUGUCAAAAGUGUUUUUAGAACUGUUUUCAAACAUAAACAGAGCAGGUCUAAACAAAAUCACAGCUUCCUUGAAGUCUGUCUGAGAGCUGUAAAAAAUACAUGACAUCUAUUCUUGAGAUAAUUAGAUAAAUCUCAAAUAAUGAUGUUGCUGGAUUGACCAGGUAUUAGUCUAUGAAAGGUACAGUGGUGACUGGAAUGAAGAGUCUGAAAAGAAUUGUGCUUUAUGAAUGUAAUUGUGGCAGGAGAAUUAUUAAUCCAAAUUCAAAUGUAAAAGUGGUUCACUGAGAUUUAAAUGUAUCUGCAUAGUUAAUGUAUAAAUAAUUAACAUUAAGCAUGCACUAUAAAUGAAGAAUUGUUAUAAUCAGAAACUGAUACAUUCUAGUAACUCAAGCAUACUCCAGAGCUUUUGUGGUAACCUUUCUUGUACAAAAAUAAUCAGAGAUUGAGCAGUUGUGGGCAUUCACUGGCAUUCUGUUAUGAUGGUAGCAGUAAUUCCUGAGGGGUACUUGUUAGAUGUUGAAAGUGAGGAGAGUUCUUCACCUGAAGGUGGAGUGAGUAUUUCAGCUGUUGUUGGUAGAUGUUUGGAAUACAUCAUCCGUGUUCAGAGAGGAGUUUCAGCAGAAAACAGCUGGCAGAUCGUGAGGCGAUACAGUGACUUUGACUUGCUUAAUAAUAGCUUGCAGAUCUCAACUCUAAGUCUACCUCUUCCUCCAAAAAAAUUGAUUGGAAAUAUGGAGCGUGAAUUCAUAGCUGAAAGACAGAAGGGACUCCAGGCCUAUCUCGAUGUAAUUACUACCCACCACAUCCUGUCCAACUGUGAAGCGGUAAAAAAGUUUUUGGACCCAAACAGCUAUUCUGUAAACUACACUGAAAUUGCCUUACAGCAUGUCUCAAUGUUCUUCCGAUCAGAACCAAAGUGGGAAGUGGUAGAACCAUUGAAAGACAUAGGUUGGCGAAUACGUAAGAAGUAUUUCUUAAUGAAGAUUAAGAAUCAACCAAAGGAACGGCUAGUGUUAAGCUGGACUGAUCUUGGCCCUGAUAAGUACUUGUCUGACAAAGACUUACAGUAUGCUGUGAAACUACUUUCUUCCUGUUCUCAUCCCUAUGUUUACAAAGUCACUUUUGCCAUUGCCAAUGAAUCUUCAGCGCUGGUUAUUAGACCAUUCAGUGAAAAAGGGACACUAAAAGACCUUAUUUAUAAGGCAAAGCCAAAAGAUCCAUUCCUGAAGAAGUAUUGCAAUCCUAAAAAAAUUCAAGGUCUUGAACUUCAGCAGAUAAAAACAUAUGGAAGGCAAAUCCUAGAGGUAUUAAAAUUCUUGCAUGAGAAAGGAUUUCCUUACGGCCAUCUUCACUCUGCCAAUGUGAUGUUGGAUGGGGAUACUUGCAAACUGCUGGAUCUAGAAAAUUCCUUGUUGGGACUUCCAUCAUUUUAUCGAUCAUACUGUUCACAGUUUCGGAAGAUUAAUACUUUAGAAGGUGUUGAUGUACAUUGCUUUGGACACUUACUCUUUGAAAUGACAUAUGGAAGACCCCCAGAUACGAUUCCAGUAGAGAGCUUCCCUCCUGCACCAUCAGUGUUUGUUGUGUCUGUGUUGGAAUCCAUUCUGACCUGUGAAGCUAUGAAGAAUGGCAUGCCAACUGUCUCACGGCUCUUACAGAUGCCAUUGUUCAGUGAUGUCCUACUAACAAACUCUGAGAAACCACAGUUUAAGAUCCCUACUAAGCUAAAAGAAGCAUUGAAAACCUCCAAGGAAUGCAUAGAAAAGCGACUAACAGAAGAGCAGAAAUUGUUUCACCAGCACAGAAGGUUGACGAGAGCUCAAUCUCAUCAUGGCUCUGAAGAAGAAAAAAAGAAAAGGAAGAUCUUAGCACGGAAAAAGUCAAAACGCUCUGCCUAUGAAAGUGGGGAAGAACACUCAGCAAAAUACAGCAAUUCAAAUAACUCAGCAGGCUCUGGGACGAGUUCCCCAUUAACAUCUCCAUCAUCCCCCACUCCACCCUCCACAGCAGGAGCAUCAUCGAUACCCCCAGCACCACCACCACCACCACUGUCACCAGCAGCUCCUCCUCCUCCUCCAAGUACAGAGGUACCAAUGCAGCCAAGCCCACGACCUGAUGUCAGUGCAAGCCGAGGAGCCUUACUCAGCUCCAUUCAGAACUUUCAGAAAGGAACUCUAAAGAAAACACAGACCUGCGACUACAGUGCUCCCAGGAUCAGCUGAGGCCACUGGACACACCAGGAUUGAAUUCCCUCUCCCCCUCCUGUGCUGUCUUGGAACAAGACCCUCCUGACCACUGAUCCACCAGCACAUUGUCACACUGUAGCUCCGUUUACCCUGUUUCAGCUUUCCUUGAGUAGCAGCACUGCCCUGGCUGAAUCGCAUUGCCACCUUGCAAUAAGUACUCUCCAUUCUUCACUUGGUUUCAAGAACAUUACUCUCUAGCUACAGGUUCAGGAGCACAGCAACUUCUAUGCAGCUGAAUAAAAAAUUAAAAAUAAGAAUUGCCAUGAUCAUGGUAAAUGAAUGCGUUCUUCCCAAGCUCUGUUCCACCCCUUUUUUCCAUAUUACAGGUCUGUAGUUUUAGCCUGCUCAGAUUUUCAGCUCUUUUCAUGCACUUGUAACUCAUCCUACUUCUUGCUGCACUGAAUCAGUAAGUUUUGUUUUAGAUAAUCCAUACCCCAACCCCAGCCCUCCAAUCCUUAAAUCAUACUGCACAGGCGAGGGAACUGGAGAAUUACAUCCUAUUCCCACCCUAGUUGCUGGUGGAGUAAAAAUGCUGUCUCAUUAAACUUGUUUAAAUGGCCAUCCUACCUGUAACUCUAAGGGAAGUGUUUUUAAAUGAGGAAAGGAGUUGAAAGGGGAGUUAACAGGGCACUGGGAUAUUAUUCUUGAUUUAGUUAAAUGCAAAGUUACUUCCAAGUUAAUUCUAGAGCUUAAACUUUAUUGAAAGAACCUUUUUUUGAUUUAAAACCUUAAACAAAUUGCACUUUAAAGGAUUAAAGAUAAUCCAUUUUUUUAAAUUCAAGUACAUCCGUGUUUGUUACUAUGCAGAGAAUGUCUGUACAAAGUUUCAUGCAACCUGUGAUAUCCAGUAAUUUUUAUUAAAGUAUUAAUGGAA